CCUGAGCCACUGUUUUUACUGUAGCAACAAGGACGACCACCACAGGCUCUCGCCAUAGCCAUGGAUCCGGCUUCCAAUUCCAAUUCUGUGCACUGUUCAUCGUUGCAUAGCUUCGCAUUCACUCGGAAAGUUUGGGCUCCAUGCGUAUGAUGGUUGACAUGUGAAGCCUUAUCUUGCAGCAGCAGCAGCAGCAGGUGUCGUUAGAAAAGCCCUGGCGGAGAAACUAGCCCUCUCAUUUAGUGUUCAUUACAAUUGUCAUCAUGAUCACCAGUGGUGGUCAUUAGCAUUAGAUUACUGGUAGUUUGGUGCAUGAUUGCCGCUGCAUGGUUUCGUGAGACAAUGGAGCGGAAGUUUUCGUAUGCCACUCAGUUUUUCAGGUGAUGGUAAUUGGUGAUGAGGUUGUUGUCCUUUGCCAUCUAGACGCUGUUAAGAUGAGCGCAUGGGAGGGGAGCGGCGUCUUAAGUGCAGCUUGGAGAGGAGAAAGGGUUAGAGGAUGAUCCGGACUAGCGGGUGUAGUGUGCGGCAGGAAAUGGAAUACUGCAAUCAGCAGGAGUAGAACAGGUUGACGUGUUAGGGAGUGUUUUCUGGAAUGAGAUUGCCGAGGCAGGGUUUCCUGUGAGGGGACUUGAAGCUGAGUUGAAGGUAGGUAGGUUAGAGCUGGAGGAAUAUGAGCAUGGCUCCUCAAAAUAUGGGGGCUCCGGAGAAGAAACGGUCGCCUCAAGCAUGGAAGCUGAGGUUGCCGUGGGAGCAGCAAAAGCAAGCAGAAAUACAGCGGAGUGCCUUCAUCCAGAGCCAGGAAAUUGCCAGAGCUAGCACAUCUUCAAUGUCAACCAUAGCAAGAGCGUUUAAGAUUAGCCGAAGACGGCUACGGCUUGAUCCUGAUAAGAAAUUACACUUUUUAUAUGAACCAGGCAAGCAAGUCUCAAGUGCAAUCAAGAUCAAGAAUGUUAGCCGCAAUCACGUUGCAUUUAAGUUUCAAACUACGGCUCCAAAGAGCUGCUUCAUGCGUCCUCCUAGCGGUGUGCUUGCACCGAAUGCGACCAUCAUUGCAACAGUCGUGAAGUUUUUGGAACAGCCAGAGAGAGAACAUCCUCGAGGAAAAAAGACCAAGGAUAAGUUCAAGAUAGUCAGCUUGUCGGUAGAGCCAGGGGUGGACUUCACUCCGGAAUUAUUUGAGGAUCAAAGGGAGUUGGUUACUGUGGAACGCAUCCUUCAAGUGGUCUUCAUUGAUCCACAAAAAGCAUCUUCAGAGGAAUUGGACAGGUUGCAAAAGCGUCUAACAGAAGCUGAAGCUGCUGAAGCUGCUGAAGCUGCUCGGACGAGGCCUGCAGCAGAAAUGAUGCCCAAGGGAACCAUGGUUGUAGAGGGGCUUGUAAUUGAUGAAUGGAAGCAGCGUAGGGAAAACUACCUUGCCCGACAACAUGGUGAAGGUGGAGAGUCCUUGUAAGACCAGGGUUUGAAAGAUGGGUGUGAUGCAUUUUGGAGGAUGAAGGAUGGUCAAACUGGAUAAUCUGGCCUGGGUUUCGCAGGAUAUUGGCAGAGUGGGUAUGCAGGUGGCUUCUUUGAGGAGGACCAGUGCAUGCUAUUAAAACAGUGUUUUUAGUUUCCCGUUGCAUGCCGGUGUUUGCACCAGUGCUCCAUGAUGUGUAUCCUUAAAUUAGAGCAUGUGGAGUAACCGAGAGUUGACCAGUCCUUGUCGUGGACAGAUUUCGCUGUUGAGGCACUCAAAUAUACUCAACCUUGUAUCAAACCUCCUCCAUCCUCAGAGAUGUUAAAUGUCUCCAAUAACAGUCCUGUCUCUGGAGACAAUAGCGUUCAUUUCAUCUAGGCUCAGGCAUUUGCUGACGGAGGGAGGUAAAGUCUAUGGCGUGACUUUGUGCCACUUCCUCCCGUUUCCCACUGGAUUUGUUGAUGUUUGACAUACUUAAAAGCUGCGACAUUAUCAUAUUUCUGCAUCAGGAGAUGGUUCACACACGCACAUGGUUCAGUUUGAAGAUUAUUUGUGCUGUUGCGCAGCUUGAAGAUAUCGCUGCAUGGACGAACGUUCUAGUCGAAUUGCGGGUUGUACAUUGGUCUGGCUACGUGCAGAGGUGCUUUAAGCAGCUAAUGUCUAGGUCUCUGUUCCUGAAGUGUUAAGCAAGUUGUCAGAAGUGCAGAAUAAUUUUAUUCAAGUGUGACGACAUGCCUACUCGUUCAUUCUAAUUAAUUUUUUUGGAAAGAAAUGAUGUAUACCUUGAGAAGAGGAAUAAAUAUGAAGUUUUCUA